AGUCCAACGUCACAGGAAGAGUGUUGGGGAUGUGAAGCAGCCAUAGGUGGCAGUGGUAGCUGCUCUUUGUUGACCCAUCCCAUAGGAAGAGCGGAGAAGAGCGAAGAGGAGAGGGGGAGUUCCUAUGAGGGAAUUCAUGGAACUGGAGAUUAAUUACAUGAGGCAAGCUGUCGUUCCGACUGUCAGGCGUUCAGGGUUAGACAGUUGGUAAGACAGAGGAGAGAGUCUAAGGAUCAGAUCUGUAACCCUGGAUAGGCUCGCCAGGUUCCCUUUCGCCCACACUGCCCACUAGCCCAACAACCACCAUGUUUGGCAAGCUCAAAGCACUGUUCUCGGUGCCCGAGCCACCUCCGAAGCCGGAUGCCGCUGCUGCUCCUGCCACGGCUCCUGCCCCUGCCCCUGCACCAGCUCCUGCUCCUGCUCCUGCCCCAGCACCUCCAGCCAAGGAAGAUGAGAAGAAAGAGGAAGAACCUAAGAAGGAGGAGGCUAAACCAGCAGAUCCUGCCCCAGCUUCUGCUCCUGCCCCAGCUCCUGCUCCAGCCCCGGCCGCUGCCCCAGCACCUGCACCUACACCUGCACCUGCACCUGCACCUGCACCUGCAGAAGGGGACAAACCCACUGAGGGGGCUGAAGGUGAAGAGCAGCCCCCUCCUCCACCUCCCCCGGUGGUGUACAACAGGUAUGCAGACGACACAAUCCGGGACAUUGUCAAACGGUUAAGAGACCGGACAAAUAUCUACAAAGAGAGAGUCAUUGACCCCUACACUACCACACCUGAAAUCAGCCCCCCUAUCACCCCGGUGUUGAGGAAACCAGACUACCUGAGAAAGAAGGAGGCAGAGAGGAUAAAAGCAGAGGAGGACGCGAUAAAAAAAGCAGAAGCGGAUGCGAUCAAGGCAGUUGAGAUGGCAAAGAAAAAGGAGGAGAAAGCGAAGGUGGACGCGGAGAAGAAGGAGGCAGAGCGGCUAAAGAAACAGGAGGAGGAGCAGGCAGCUAGAGAUGCAGCCAUUUGUCCCAUGUUCAGCUUUUCCUUCAUUGACACUUUGCUCCAACCAGUAGAAAACGCCAUGGACUCAGUGCUUGGUAACACCAUAGAUCCAUUCACAGAUCGCAAGUAUAUUGCUUGGAUAACACUUGUAAGUUUGGCGUUCAACUACAACAUUUGGUUUACACCGGUUCGUUUGGUCUUUCCCAUCCAUACUCCAGCGUCCAUUCCUUUCUGGAUAAUUGCUGACAUUCUUGCUGACAGUGUCAAUGUCAUAGAUAUCAUCCUCUGGCAGCCACGACUGCAGUUUGUGAAAGGAGGAGACAUUAUUAAAGACCGGACUAUGACGAAGCCACAUUAUCGAGAGAUUUCGAGGUUUAAUUUGGAUAUGAUCAGCAUCAUCCCAUUCGAUUUGCUAGGUAUCCCGUUUGGAUUCUCUGCUUUAUACAGACUCAACCGUCUACUGAGGAUUGAUAUGUUUUUCGAGUUCAGCGAUCGGCUUGAGAGUAUCAUGGCCAAGGCUUACAUCUGGAGAGUUGGUCGCACCACUGGCUACUUGCUGUUCAUGCUCCAUCUCAACGCCUGUUUCUACUACGUGGCAUCAGUGUACCUUGGCAUCGGCACCUCCAAAUGGGUCUACAAUGGAGAGGGAACCGCGUACCUGCGUUGUUAUUACUUCGCUGUUCGUAGUCUGAUCAACAUCGGGGGUCUUCCUGAGCCAGGCUCUGUGUUUGAGAUCUGUUUCCAGAUGACCAACUUCUUCACUGGUGUCUUCGUGUUCUCCAGUUUGAUUGGACAGAUGAGAGAUGUUAUCGGGGCUGCCACGCAGGGCCAGACAUAUUUCCGGGCCUCCAUGGAUGGCUGUGUGGAAUACAUGAACACCUUCGACAUCCCCGACUUGGUGCAGAACAGAGUACGCACCUGGUACAACUACACCUGGGACGCCCAGGGCAUGCUGGACGAGUCUGUACUGCUGGAGCAGAUGCCUCUUGUAAUGAGAACAGCCAUUGGUGUGGACGUAAACUUUGCCACCUUCGAUAAAAUUGCUCUUUUUCAGGGCUGUGAUAAGCAGAUGUUGGUGGACAUGUUGCUGAGGCUCAAGUCUAUUAUAUAUCUACCUGGAGACUUUGUGGUGAAGAAAGGUGACAUUGGUAAAGAGAUGUACAUCAUAAAGGGUGGAGAGGUGCAGGUGGUUGGUGGACCAGAUAACUCCAUUGUGUUUGUGACGCUAAAGGCCGGCUGUGUGUUUGGAGAAAUCAGUCUGCUACAGUCUGCCAAAGACGGCGGGAACAGAAGGACGGCUAACGUAAAAGCUCACGGCUUCGUCAACCUUUUUGUCCUGGAUAAGAAAGACCUGGUUGACAUCUUGGUCCACUACCCAAAUUCCCAGAGAGUGCUGGCCAAGAAAGGAAGGAAACUGAUGAAGGCGAAGGGUCCAGCUGGUGCUAAGGCUGAGGUUGAAAAGAAGAAAGGACUGGCGCUGUUCGGACCCAAACCCCCCACUCCUAAAUUGGCACGCGUCUUCGGAGGCUUUGGCAAAGGAGGCUUCUUGGAGAAACUGAAGGCUGCACAAGUGAAGGAGCAGCAGGGGAAGUAAAAGAGGAGAGGGUGAGACAUCUGAUCCAUUACUGGGAUCCGCCAUCUUUGUUUAUAUUCCUCUACUGCACCGGGGUGUAUUCAUUAGUGCACACCGUAGCAAAAAUGUUUAGCAGCUUAUUAUAAUUAUGUUUAUUUAUUAUGUUUCGAUUGAUCUUGGAACCCAGAAACACAUUUUGAGUGCGUUGUUGACAAUUGAUUAUGCUUUGAUUAGUCAGUGAGGGGUUCUGAUCUCUGUGCUGCUAGCCAAUAUGAUGGAGAAUACCGGUAUGUUAAACUUUGUACACUGUAAAUAGUACUUAAUUUUACAUAAAACUAUUAAAAUAUUUACUACAACUGCAGUGUCUUGCUAUCUUUUUCAUUUCAUUUUUCAGUUAAGGAGCCCAAUUAUAAUCUUUUUUACCACUAAUUGGUCUUUUGACCAAUCACAUCAGAUAUUUUUUAGAGCUGAUCUGAUUGGUCAAAAUACCAAUUUAUGGAAAAAAAUUAACAGAAUUGGGCUGCCUGUGUAAACACAGCCUUAGCAUCCUAUGGAAUCAAUAUAACAUAAAAAAACAAGCUGAAGAAGCAAACAGUUUUUUUCCCCAUAAGAAGAAUGAGAAACAUUGUGGUAGAUAAGCAAUAAUGUUUACUUCUGAUCAUCAUACAAUAUUAAGAAUAUGCUUGAUUCCUUUGGGGAAAAAACAGCUAUAAAUGGCCAAGGCACACAUACUUAAGCAAUAAGGCCCGGGGGGUGUGGUAUAUAGCCAAUAUACCACAGCUAAGGGCUGUUCUUAUGCAUGACGCAACUGGUUACCAAACUAAUUAGAACAAUAAAAAGUACUUUUUUGUCAUACCCAUGGUAUACGGACGGUCUGAUAUACCACUGCUUUUAGCCAAUCAGCAUUCAGGGCUUGAACCACCCAGUUUAUAAAAUAAUACAGGACAUUGACAUAACAUGGAAGAGCAGAAAGAACAAUUUGAUUGUGUUACUUACUAUAGUAAUAUCUAUAAUAUAAGGCCCUCCAUUUUUAUGAACCCAUAAACUGUACACAAUUAUGAAUGACAAAAUAACUAAUCCAGUUGAAGUUGUACUUCCAGUUUAGGUCAUAUUAAACCUGAUCAAUUAUCAAUGGGGAAGGAGAGGUUAAAUCAAGUAAAUUGUUUAUCAAUAUUACCUAUAUAACAGAAAUGUAAAACAAUAUAUACUCUAAGCUAAAGCUGACAUUUAUAUAAUUAAUAUGGUCAUAAUUGAAUUCAAUUAUUUGUAUUUAUGCUCAAAUGGAUUAGGAACUCUGCUAGCUAGUCCAUAAAGUGGCUCUUCAAGCAUAAUUGGCACAAGAGGAAGAAAAACAAGAGUGCUCUAUAGCAACUCAAUACACAAACAU